GAUCCCGGCUGGGGGCCAGUAUGUCUUCUCUUCGGAAGCAGGAUGGUGACAUUAAGAUCCAGCCUGAACGUCGUCUCUACACUGUGAGUUUGCCUCCUCCAGGGUAUAUCCCCUGUUUGCCUGAACCGACCAGCUGUGCGGAUUCUGAGAAUGCCUCCAGCGGUGGUGACACAGAAGGUAAAAAGUCUGGGCAGGAGGGAAAUGGAGCCUGUUUCCAUCAUGAUUUUCUGUAUUGCACCAUUUUUUAUAUUGUAGCGCAAACCGAACUAGAGACCCAACAAGAGAAAAUGCACCCACAGCAUCCAGACCCCCCUGCCCUGAGCAAAAAUAAAAGAAGAAAACUGAAGACGAAGCUGCGGCUUAGGAGGAAGAGAGAAGCCGGCCUAGCCACGAAGGCCUCUGGGGUCAGCUUCACCUACCAGCCCGAGAGCAGCGAGGAGGCAGAGGCUGAGGAUGAUNUGGGAGGAGAGGAGGAAGGUGAUCCGGAGUGCUCGGUCACAGACAUCACCCAGGAAGACAUUGAGCUGGCCAGCAGCAGGGCGGAGGGCGUACUGAGUUUUCUGAAAUCAACACAAGAACUUUAUUUCUACGAUGGUAGGCAUCCCUACCCCGGUUGUCCUUUGCAUAAUGGCAUCCACUUAGGGUUUGGAAAAUAG